UGACCUUUAAAUAUCUGUCUGCUCCUAUUCGCGAGACUGGUACUUUCACUUCAAUCUUCUGACUAUGCCAGAUUCAAUUCUAGACGACAUCUCGCAUAGGCGCUACAAUCAGCUGCGGGGGAGCUGGGUUCUGGUCUCCCCGCAUAGGACGAAGAGACCAUGGCAAGGCCAGCAAGAAUCCCCCACGAAGACUACGCUGCCAGCUUACGACCCCAAAUGUUACCUAUGCCCCGGGAACAAGCGCGCGCAAGGGGACGUCAACCCAAAGUAUGAAAAAACUUUCGUCUUCGUCAACGACUACAGCGCCGUCAAGGACGAACAGGCAGAGUACAAGCCCGAGAACAAGGAUGGCAGUCUCGCCAGUCGUCUCCUGCGCGCUGAAUCAGUCACUGGCAAAUGCUAUGUGAUCACGUUCUCGCCAUCACACAACCUUACCCUAGCAGACCUCGAAGUAGCUCAGAUUGUUCCUGUCAUCAACACCUGGACUCAUCUCUACUCUGCACACCUUAGUCCCAACUCUCCACUUGCCAAACUAAACAAGGCUAUCACAAACGGCGGUCUUAACGAGAACAUAGCUAAACCAAACGCCCAGUACCGCUACAUGCAGAUCUUCGAGAACAAGGGCGCCGCAAUGGGCUGCUCGAACCCUCAUCCCCACGGCCAAGUCUGGACGACGACAAGCUUACCAGAAGAACCGAGCAUGGAGCUCAAGCAGCUGAAGAAGUACCGAUGUGAACACGGAGGCGCGAAUCUGCUCGAAGACUAUGCACAACUCGAGUCUUCAAAGAAAGAACGAGUGGUCUUCGAAAACGACUCAUUCUUGGCGUUAUGUCCAUGGUGGGCCGUCUGGCCCUUCGAAGUCAUGAUCGUGAGCAAGAAGCACAAGCGCGCCCUCGUAGACUUUGACGACAAGGAGCGGGAAGAGCUGGCAGAGGCGAUUGCAGAGGUGACGAGGAGAUACGAUAACCUAUUCGAAACCCAGUUCCCUUACAGCAUGGGCCUUCAUCAAGCACCAUUAGAGGGAACAGACGAAGAGAUCGAGGCCAGCCACUUCCACAUCCACUUCUACCCGCCACUUCUACGCAGCGCAACCGUCCGGAAAUUCCUUGUCGGUUACGAGCUGCUAGCGGAACCGCAGCGCGACAUCACGCCCGAGCAAGCAGCAGCACGGUUACGAGACUGUGCGGGGCCGCUGUACAGGAAAGCAUUGAAUUAG